AUGGCAUGUUCAAAACUAUUUUCAGGAGAUUUGCCUGAAUUAAUAAGCGAAAUAAUAUAUUAUUUUCACCAUGAUUAUAAAACAUUGCAUUCAUGUAUUUUGGUUAAUAGAUUGUGGUGUCGUUUAGCAAUUCCACUGUUAAAAUUAAAUGAAUAUGGAAUUAUUUAUGAUUUAUUUUCUUCAAAUACAUUAUUUAAUUAUCCUCGUUUUAUUAAAUGCUUAAAUAUAGAUAAAAUCAGUUUUUCAGUUGAAAAAUGGAUGGCAACUAGAACUUUAAUAACUGGAAAAAAUCUUGCUAUACAAUCUAUUUUUAAGUCAUUAUUCAAAACAUUUAUUGAAAAUGAAAAUAAUGUAAAUUUGCAUACCUUUGAAGUUGAAAUUAAAACAAAUCCUUGUAAUAGUAAUUUUAAUACUACUUAUGAAUUAAUUUUACAAAAUCCAAAUUUCUUACAUAAUAUUAGAAAAUUUAAAAUCUUAUAUUAUCAUUCAAUAAUGGAAAUAUUUGAAGCAAAUUUCGAUUCUUUUCUAAAUCUUCUAUAUUCUAAUUGCAAAUUAAUUUCUUCAUUUCAUUUUGAAUUUAAGCAUCUUAGUUCAUCAUAUUAUUCAUUCUUAUCAUUAAAAAGUCAUAAUCAUUCAAAUACUUUAAGAAUAAUUGUUUUUUGUCGUGUCAGUUUUAUAAACAUGAUUGAUUUAGGUGAAGCAAUUGAACAGUUAAAUGUUUUAGAAUCAAUUCAUAUUUUAUAUUGUAGUACUUUAUAUUAUUUUAUCAAACAAAUUAUUAAUAUUACUAAACCUUUUAAAUUAAAAUCUUUAUUUAUGAAUAAUAACUCAUUAGAAAUCAAUUCUUUAAAAUUAUUGUUGGAAAAAUCUGGUAAUUAUUUGGAAAAUUUUGUACUUAAUUCAGUUACAUAUAAUGAAGAAAAAAGUCAAUUACUUGAAUUACUUAUAAAAUAUUGUGCAAAUAUUAGUUUUCUUGAUUUGAUGGGACUUGAUCAUCAAAAUAUUUUUUUAGUAUUUGGUUUAAUUGAAAAUAUUGAACAGAAUUUAAAUUAUCUUUCUAUUGAUAUUCUUAAUUAUUCUAAUCAUCAUUUAUGUGAUGAUGCUUUACUUAGUUCAAUUGUAUUAUUAAAUUUAGGUCAAAUUCUUCCCCAUAAAUUAGAAUACUUAAAUUUAUCUCUUAAAAUUAAUCCAAUUGAUUUGAAAGUAUUUUUAGAAAGUUCUCAAAAUACUUUUAUUAGAAAAUUAUUAAUUAAUGAUGCAGAUCAAAAAGAAAGUAAAGAAAUUUUACCUUAUAUAAAGGAAUAUAUUAUGAAAAAGAAAAGAGUUAGAUAUUUAGCUAUUUUAGGAAAUUUAUCUGGAGAAGAAAAAAAUUUAAUUACUUCAAUAGAUGAAAUUAAAGAAUUUGAAUUAUAUGAUAUUAAAGUUCAACAUUAUGAUAAUUUAUUUAUUCAAAUUUGUAAUUAUAUAAAUUUUUUGAAGCAAUAUUAA